AUGGCCGUGCCGCGGGAGCCGCCGCCCGCCCCGGCGCUGCCGCCCGCCGCCGCCGCCCCGUCGUUCUCCGCGGCCCGCGCGCUGCUGGCGCGGCGCCACUCGUGCCUGGUGGCGGCGCCGCACCGGCGGCACGUGGCGCUGCCCCCGCGCUUCCUGGGCCGCAAGCGCUCCGGCAUCCGCGCGCAGCUGGACGCGGAGCUCCUGCGCUACUCCGAGAGCCUGCAGGGAGUGCCGGUGGCUUACGACAACAUCAAAGUGGUGGGGGAACUCGGCGACAUCUACGACGACCAGGGGUUCAUCCACCUGAACAUCGAGGCGGACUUCAUCAUUUUCAGCCCCAAGAAAGGGAAGAAGCUGGUGGGUGUAAUUAAUAAAGUGGCCCCUACUCAUAUUGGCUGCCUGAUACAUGGAUGCUUCAAUGCAUCUAUCCCUAAGCCUGAACAAAUGUCCAUUGUACAGUGGCAAGAACUGGGGUUAAAAAUAGGGGACGAGCUGAAAUUUCAAGUGUUGCACUUGGAUUCUGAUACAGCUGGGGUGUUCUUCAUUCGAGGAGGACUCACUAAAAGCAGCAUGCGGCCCAAAAAAUCUGACGCAGUCACUGAAAGUACAAAUGGUGAUGAAAUUCAAAAGCUUGACCACCAGGAAAAUGGCUUGAAUGACUGUGGGGAAGAUAAUGUCACAGAAGAACCCUUAAAUGAGAUGGGUAGCCUUGGGAGGGAAAAUGAAGAAGAGCAAAGUGUUGAUGCUGUGAAUGGAUUAUGUGAUGAUAAAAAGAAGAAGAAGAAAAAGAAAAAGGACAAGCAAGGAGAACAGGAACUUGUAUUGCCUACCAGUGACUCGAGUGGUUACCAAAGUGACCAUAAAAAGUCAAAGAAAAAGAAAAGAAAGCAUUGUGAUGAAGUUGAAGCAAGUGAAUUGUCUCAGCUGUCAGAAAAACCCAAAGCUAAAAAAAGAAAAGGGACUGAAGUCUGAAGUGCCUUUCGUGCAUUAGAUUUCAGACUUUUUGAUAGUAUCAAUAAAACCCUGUUUUCAAAA